UCAAAACCCAGAUUAUGGCUAGCGUCGGUCACGCGGUGUCGCUGGCUCCCUCUCUCCCAGACCCAUUCUCCUCCCCCUCGGGCUCUCCUCUCCUCCCCCAGGUCCUCCCUUUUUCCCCACCCCCAGCUUCAAGUCCAAUCCCUCUUUCCUCCCUCCUUCCGCCACUUUCUUGCUCUUGGUGUCCCGCUGUGGUUGCAACCUGAAAGCUCUUUUGGUUUGUCGGCAAGCAGAGGAAACCGAAGGGAAGGAAGGGACUGAGGGUAGAGGGGCGUCCUAGAAACCGCAUCGGCCAGAGCUGCAGGAGGAGAACCGGCAGGCAGAGGAAGGCUGUUAAGCACUCCGGCAAAGUUGGGUUCCCGUUUGCGGGAACUCUGAGCGGCCGCAGAGGCGGAGUAGCAGCGGCUGCAGAGGCAGUGGCGACCCGAGUGCGGGUCCCAGAGAGCCAGGGGAGGAGCUCAGCCAUGAAGAUGAAUGCGCCCUGGACCCGAUUUUAUUCUAACAGCUGCUGCCUAUGCUGCCAUGUCCGCACCGGCACCAUCCUGUUGGGCAUCUGGAACUUGAUCAUCAAUGCAGUGGUACUUCUGAUCCUAUUGAGUGCCAUGGCAGAUCCAGAUCAGUAUCACUUAUCCAAUUCUGAACUGGGGGGUGACUUUGAAUUCAUGGAUGAUGCCAAUAUGUGUAUCGCGACUGCAAUCUCCCUUCUCAUGAUCUUGAUCUGUGCAAUGGCAACCUAUGGUGCAUACAAGCAACAUGCUGCCUGGAUCAUCCCUUUCUUCUGUUACCAGAUUUUUGAUUUUGCCCUCAACUCAUUGGUAGCAAUCAGUGUACUUGUUUAUCCAAAUUCAAUCCAGGAAUAUAUACGCCAGCUGCCUCCUAAUUUUCCAUACAAGGAAGAUCUCAUGUCUGUGAAUCCUACUUGUCUAGUCCUUAUUAUUCUUCUCUUUAUCAGCAUUGUCUUGGCUUUUAAGGGGUACCUGAUUAGUUGUGUCUGGAACUGUUACCGAUACAUUAAUGGCCGAAACUCCUCUGAUAUUCUGGUUUACAUCACUACCAAUGAUACUACGGUGCUGUUACCACCCUAUGAUGACACCACGACAGCUUCAACAGCAACGGGUGUAGGGCCAAUGGCAGGUGUGGGGGUGGGAGCCAGUGCUAGUGGGGGUGAGACUGCAGGUAAAGAGCCUCCCCCACCUUAUGUGUCUGCCUGAGCCAGAAGGUGACAUGGCCCUGGGAACAACAGCUUUCCUCAGACUUGUGAACAAUAGUUCAUUCCUUCAGAGACAUGUCCUGUGAGAUGCCCUGUCUGUCACUGUCCCCUUGCAACUGUCAAACUCUGAUACCACGUUACAAAUUUAUUGUCCAGAGUUUUAAAAAAUUUGCUUUCAGCCGUAUCUUCUACCUGAUGGACUGUGAAAUAUUUGUAUUUGUGUUAAACCAAUAGAAUCUUUUUUUUUUUGCAAGACUUUAACAUUCAACAUUUGGAAAAUUGGGCCCUGAGUCUAGGAGCAGUUUCAUUUGGUACCUAUGAAGUCCCUAAAGCAAGUAGGGGUGAGGAACACUCUCCAUCUUUGCCCUUUAAUUUUUGAAUGUGUACAGAAUAAAAUUAGAGGCAAGCAAGAUUUUUUACUUUCCUCUUAAUUCUGCCAUAUAGGAUGAGUUUAGCAGGAUUGAUCCUUACAAAGUUACUUCACUAACUUGGGGAUUGGGAUUGCCAUUUUCAUCUAUCUCGGGCUUCACUGCAGAAUCCUUUAUAUGACUUAGAAAUCAACAAGAGAUUUGAAUUCAUGUUGCAAUUAUGUCCCCUGCCUCUUGGGCAAAGGUCUCUCUUGUCUUUUAAAUUCACUCCAUCUAUAAUUCCAUAAAUAGGAAUUCCCUGCAGAAAAAGCUCUCCAGAACAAUGAAAUGCUCUGGAUUUCUUUGGCUUCUGGUCUGAUCCACACUGUGCACUCAAAAGGGGACUGGAGCUGCUCAAUCACCUCUUACUGGCCUCUCAACUUUCCAGCCACUUGAAAUGUGUUUUCCUGCUCACCAUGCUCUUCUCAAAUUGAAUGUCCAGAAGGGUUGCAUAUUUAAGAUGCUAAAGUCAAGGGUGAUAUACUCUUGCCUCAUAGUUAGAAUUACGAGUCACCCUCUCAAUUCUUAGUCCUCUUCCUCAAGAGAUCAAGUGGGCAGGCCUAAAACAUAUAUUAAAGAACUGGUAGGUUUUUCCUAUAGGUAGCUUGUAAAUUCCUCACAUUCCCUAGGAAAAAGGCAGAGACUCACUACAGUGUUCUUUGAAGCUAUUUCCUCACCUGUAAAAUGAAAGAGAAUCUUGAACUUCGUGUCUCAAUUCUUUAGCUCUCAGGUCUCUGUGACUCUGAUUUCCCAAACCAUAGUAGCUAAUGUUUCAGCUUUCAGCACCCCUAUUUUCUGGCGUCCUCUACCCUGAGUUCCCCACUCAGCAGUAGCUUUGACUUGUUAGGUUACUCUUGGACAAGCCUAGCGGAAUGUAUGCUGUUUCCUCCUCCUUUUACCUCUUCCACUUCAUCCCAUGCCUCCUGGCUGCCAUCCCUCCUGUAACAACCCCUGAACCCUGUCUAUCUUGCUUUUAUGGUCCUGCUCUUCUUUGUUUUUUGUGACAUCCCCAAAAAUCCUCAUUUAUUUGACUAUUCCUGUUGGACAUCCCCUGCUCCGAGGGCAUCAGAGCAGGAAACUUCUGGGUACAGUUAGAAUGGUCCAGCUAGGAGGUUAGGGAAGAAGGCAAAGGGGACAAUGAGAAUACAUGUAGAGGUAGGGAGGGGAUGCAUGGGAUGAGGGUCGAUCUGAUACAUUGCUAAGUAGACAGGUUAACAGUAUUUCUGGAGCAUGGGUACAUGACUUAUUUAAGCAUAUUUGGGACAUCUAGGUGGUUCAGUGGAUUGGAGCCAGAUCUAGAGAUGGGAAGUCCGAGGUUCAAAUCUGGACUCUGGAUUUCAAAUCUGGAUACUUCCUAGCUGUGUGACCCUGGGCAAGUCACUUAACUCCCAUUGCCUAGCCCUUACCACUCUUCUGCCUUGGAGCCAAUACACAGUAUUUAUUCUAAGAUGAAAGGUAAGGGUUUUUAAAAAAAAAAAAUUAGUUGGUUUUACAGAACCAUUUGCAAGUGUUUUUUGGUGUUAAGGGGAGCUUGGUGAGGGGAAACUUAUCUUAUAUAAGAACAAGAUUUCUAGAAAAGAUUUCAGAAGGUUCUUGAUGGAGGGAAAUAAGUUUAGUCAACCUGAUGGAGGAAAGGUUUUUGGGCAGGAAAGGAGACAUGUGGAUAUAGAAGGGUGAGCGAGCUGCCUACCUGGGGGAAAAACAUAGUGAGAAGUUUAGUGUAGACUGAUCCAAGUUGUGAUCAGUCAGUUGAGAGAAUCAAAGAUAACUAAUUGUCCUUGGGAGGCUAAAGACAAAAGGAAUUUUGUCUUAGAGUGGAGGUGAGAUGGAGUGAGGGAUGUGGAGGUGAGGAAGAGUUUCCAGAGAGAGAUAAGGGAGCUAGGGGAGUGGAUCAUCCGGGAGCAGAACAACAGUUUGUCCUUAAAGGAUUGGAAAUAUCCCUCGUAGCAUAAACAGGAUGCUGUUUUCUUUUUACUGCCUCUUCCAAUCAGGGUGAGGUCCUGUUGCUUGAUCUUACCAAAAGCACCCCAGUCCCACUGAAGGAGGUUGUCUAAUCCAGGUUCUGGGGUACAUGGAUAGUUAUUAACACGUAGACCUUCUGACUUCAGUAUCAAGAUUUUCUUUCCCUCCGUCUGUCUAGCUAGCAUUACCUUUUUGCUUUCUGGGAUGCCCAAUGACCCUCUGAAAUGUAAAACAAAGCCCAAAUGCCUGUGAAGAUGGAUACAUGCCACUUUUCUUACUGGGUAUUAGAAGAACUUAGAUGCAUUCAUUUGCCUGAAAGUCAGCAACUACAGUAUUUGUUUUUUGCUAAAUAUAUUCUAUGUGAAGGUUUCUUGCAAUUAAAAUAAUAUGUCCUCAUGUCUAAGAAAAUAGCCUUUGGGACCUCUGGGCAUGCUGCCCCAUGGACUGCCCCCUUCCUGAUAUUGUCAUGCAAACAAGAAAUAAAUGCCAUGCUUGUUCCA